ACGGGGCUGAGCAUGAUAGUUAAGAUAGGUUGUUCGGCCUCACUCGUUGCCUUGCACCUUGCUGUUAAAGCCCUAGGUGCUAGAAGCUGUUCGGCUGCAAUAGUUAUAGGAUGCAACCUGAUGACCUCGCCGCUUAUAACGGUUGUCUAUACCAAACAUAGAUUGCUUUCUAAGACAGGAAAGUGCAAGACAUUUGAUGUAGCGUCAGAUGGCUAUAGACGCGGUGAGGCUGUUAAUGCUGUGUAUAUUAAGCGACUUAGCGAUGCCAUCCGCGAUGGUAAUACUAUUCGCGCCGUUAUCUGGGCUAGUGCGACGAACUAUGAUGGCAGGAAGAUAAGAAUGCUGAAUCUAAACACACUAGUACAAGAAGCACUUAUUUGUAAGACAUACGCUAAAGCUAGCAUAACUAACUAUAGAUAG